AUCUCCGUAUCUUUCAAGCAGUUUAAAUGGCAAAUAACAACACGACGACUUUGUGGAAAACAACUGUUAUUGUCAGUACUUCCCUUCAGAAUAAUGAAAUUUCAGUGCUGCUUUUAGCACAAAAACACCUACUUCGUUACUCAGACAGUAUUGAACCUGGUACACUCGUCUUUCCUCUCUCAGGUGUGGCGUUCUUGUUGAUCACUCCAGAGGAAUUUCCUGAAAAGGCUGAGUGUGAAGAAUUCUUUAAAAAGAUUGAAAAGUUCGUCCAGGUCCACAGAAACAGCUUUCUUUUGCUCCAGGCGCCAGCAUAUGGCGCAAGAGAACUGGAGAUUGUGUCUGCAGUGCAGAACAGAUUCUUUGGCAGUAAUCUCAAAGUCUUACCUGUCCGUAGUAAUGGGGAUGCUGUCAAGGGAAUGCUGACCAUCGCUAAAGCCACCAGUAGACCACAUGUGGAUGGUGUGCGGGAGCGGAUGCGUUUAGCUCGAGCUCACAUCAUCGAAAUAAGCCUUGAAACUUUGUUAAAGAAAGUGAACAUUUUUAAGGUCAUUUAAUUUCCAUCCACUUUAUUUGAGUCUUACAGUCGCAAUCCUGAGUCGCACAAACAGCACAAACACUGGCCAUGUGGCCGCACUUCUACACCAACACAUAUAAAGGCUAAUGGCUUUUAUUUUCUAUCCCACUUUUUAAGAAUUUACCUAAAAGUUUUAUUCAAGAAUAACUGCUGUCUCCAGACUAUUUCCUAUUACAGCAUCUAUAAAGACUUUCUAUUAACAAUGCACUCGCUGAACUCUGUCAAAUGUAUAAUAUCUCAUGUGUUUUCCUUGGUGUAAGUAAACAACUUCUUCUUGGCA